GCCUUUCAUCUCCCUCCCGCAGCAGCCGAAGUCCGCUUGCCUCCGCCGGAACCCCGCACUCCCAACCGGGACUGGAACCCAGAUCCUUUGCCCGCACGCGCUUCGACGCUUCCCUGCACUCCCAACCGCCGCCGGUGCUCUGCCGUCGUCAUAUCUGACAAAGACGGCUGGACGAGGCCUCCUCCGCGACAUCUCGAUGUUGAGGGGUCGAUUCGGUGGCGGGGCGGAUCUGGACUUGGUAAUCGAGCACUACAAAGAUUCACCUAGCUCCUCAUAAAAGGAGGAUGAAGAAGAAAUUAAGACCGCUCUCCCUGAUCCCGUUGCGUUCCGAUCCUCUUGGCCCGAAUCCGAGCCGUGAUUGCUGCACCAGCGGCAUAGAGGGCGAGUGGCCAUCAGUUGCAGAGGUGUUGCUCGAUUGUUGGGGGCCGGCAGCCAUAGGGUUACUCGAGCAGACGAGGGCGCUGUCAGUACAGGAGCAGCCAGUCCAGAUAACUGGUGAUAGUCCAACUUGUUUGUCAGCUCAAAUAAUGGCAUCACCUUGUCAGCAAGGUGAUAUUUCACAUUGUACUGAAACAAUGGGAUCACAGGUCCAGUUUCCAGAGGACAUUCUUCAUCAAAUACAUGCUUUCAUGUCGUUGCGAGAUGCUGCUCGGGCUGCCUGUGUGUCUCAUGGUUUUCUGCGUUCAUGGAGAUGCUUUCCAAAUCUCAUUAUUUCUAUUGGUUCGCUAGGGAUUAACGAAAAUGCUUCUGAUGAUGAUGAAAUAAAAAGGGAUUUCAUCUGUAGAGUUAACCAAAUUAUGCAGAAUCACUCUGGCAUGGGAGUAAAGACGCUUAUAAUUCAAACCUACCCUUGUUCGAAUCUCCAUCCUUGUUAUGUUGACCGCUGGCUUCGAAGUGCCAUUACACCUGGAAUUAGAGAAAUCAAAGUAUCAAUGUUCGAAUGUGGUGAGAUAAAGUACAACUUCCCAGGUUCACUUUUAUCUAGUGAGAUAAGAAGCUCGAUUCAAACUUUUCUGCUUGCGGAAUGUUCUUUUCACUGUGCGGCCCAAGUUGGUUGUAUGAGUAGCCUAACAAAUUUGGAUUUGCAUUCAGUACACAUUACUGGGGAGGAACUUUACGGUUUUAUAUCCAAUUCUUGUGCUUUGGAGCAAUUUAGGCUUUCUAACUGCAAUGAUAUAAUUUGCUUGAAGAUACCUUGUCUGCUGCAGAAGCUUGAAGUCCUCGAUGUUUUGGGUUGCAGUAAGCUGGAGAUGAUUGACAGCAAUGCCCCUAACCUCUCCACUUUCUUCUUUUCCGGGCGCCCAAUACAUAUCUCGCUUGGUGAUGCAUUGCAAAUGAGGAAAGUAAUACUUCACCGUGACUAUUCACCUGAUGCACUACAUUAUGCUAGUGUCAAACUUCCAUUCAUUGCACCAAAUCUCCAAACUCUUGUGCUAUCAACAAGUGAUGAGACAGUCAGUACACCGAAGGCGUUUGGCAAAUUCAUCCAGCUCAAGUAUUUGGAGAUAGAGUUUUCCUCAUCAAAGUUUUCCCAAGACUAUGAUCUCAGCUCUCUUAUUUCUUUUCUUGAUGCUUCUCCUGCCUUGGAGUCUCUCAUCAUACGGAUAACGCAGCCAACCAUAAGGCGUGAUUCAGUUAUUGAAGACUCAAGUGGUUACUCACGUCCACGGUGCCUUCAAGGACAGUGCCAUGACAACCUCAAGAAUGUGAUGAUAACCGGAUUUUGCUCUGCGAAGAGCAUGAUUGAGCUCACGAUCUGUAUUAUCGAGAAAGCAAAGACACUGGAGUGCCUUACAUUAGACACUACCCGUGGUCAUGAUACGAGGUAUGCCAAGAUUGAUAAGUGCCUGCGGCUGAAUAAGGAGGCACUUGUGAAGGCUAAAAAAGACCGUAUUGCCAUUCAGAGAUAUGUCGAGGGAAGAGUGCCCCCUUCUGUGAACCUGAAGGUUAUUGAGCCAUGUAGCAAGUGUGUCGAGAAAUAUAAAGUGCUUCUCCAAGCUAUGAUAUGCAUAAUUUAG